CCGGCGUGCUGAUUGGGGGUGGGGAACCUGCCCCUACUUCUAGGCCUUUCGUUUGCGCGGGCCGGCCGGCCAGCACGGGAAGGUGGGGAGCUGUCGCAGUUGUUCAUGAUGGAGGCGCUGGACCAUGGGCUGUUGGAGCAACCCUGGGCCUGGCUGCAGCUCGCCGAGAAUUCCCUCCUGGCCAAGGCCUGCGUCACCCCGCAGGGCUAUGCCUUGCUGCUCUGGGAUCUUCAGCAGGUGUGGCACGAACAGGUGGAUGCCAGUGUGGUCAGUCAGCGAGCCAAGGAGCUGAACAAGCGUCUGACAGCGCCCGCUGCCGCCUUUCUCAGCCGUUUGGAUGAUCUGCUUCGUCCGUUGCUGCAGGGCCGAGCUGGCCCCGGCGAAGCCACCUUCUCCUGUGACCGCGUGGCCGAGGCGCUGGUGCUGCGGGUGCGGAGUGAGCUCUCAGGCCUCCCGUUCUAUUGGACUUUCCACUGCACCGUAGCGAGCCCUGCCCUGGUGUCCCGGCAUCUGCUCCGGCCCCUGCUGGGCGUGGGCCUGGCGCUGCAGCACCAGGUACGCGAGCUCGCCACGUUGCUUCAUCGGAAAGACCUGGAGCUCCGGGACUACCAGGAGAGCGGGGCCACGCUGAGCCGAGAUCGGCUGAAGACGGAGCCGUUUGAGGAAAACUCCUUCUUGGAACAAUUUAUGGCAGAGAAGCUCCCAGAGGCCUGCAGCAUUGGGGACGGGAGGCCCUUUGUCGAGAAUCUGCAGGGCCUGUAUGUGGCAGUCGCCCAACGAGAGGUCCAGGGGGCACUGAAGCCCGAAGAUGCAGAAACGACUCCUGGCAGCCCCUCCUGGCAGGGAACUGACGGUGAGCUUCCGAAGCCCCCCGAAGAGCCAGACUGCACACCCGCACCGCCCCCCACCCCUAGGGAGGAGCCCACGGGAACGUCGUCGGGGGCCCCGGCGCAGAGACCUCAGCUGUCAAAGGCCAAGAGGAAGAAACUCCGGGGACUCUUCAGUUAGCGCGUCCCGCCUCGGCGGCCGAGGCCAAGCCUGGAGGACGGGUCUCCCCGAGUCCCGGGCAGGGGCCGCGGGGGGCCGGCGUGGAGACACAGGCGGCAGCCAGUCUGCAGCGGUCCCCAAGGCGCCUCUCUUUCAGGUGGCAGGGGCGGGUCGUUUCUCCAGACCCGGGACCCAGCCCUGGGCGCUGGUCACGUAGGCCAGGCCAGCCGAAGGGCAGCGCUCAGGCAGCCUGGAGUGCGUCCGUCCAUGGGGUCCUGAGCCUUGCCACGCCCCCCGCCCCCAGCCCCCGCCCCCAGCCCCAGCCCCCUCUUUAACGAGGAAUUAAAAACACGCAUGCACCCUCCUGCGGUAGACAUCACUUGGUCCGAGGCGCCCACCCCUCCCGCUUCACUGUGCCGGCUCCCACCCUGCUGUGCCCUCUGGAGGCCCUGGAGACCCCUGGUCCCUUGUGGCACCCCUUCUCCAGCUUCCAGCUUCUCCCCCAAUCCCGCAGCAGCUUACAUCCCGGGAACUGAGAUUUCCCACAGCGUCCCGCUUGGCACGUCCACUCUGGGCCACUGCUCCCCUCUGCCCAGCUCCGGGCAUGGAUUUGCUCAUUUCCUCUUUGCUUCCACCAAAGAUGACAUCAGAGGGGCCAGAGCAAUAGUACAGCAGGUAGGGCGUUUGCUUUUUGGGUCACACCCAGCAAUGCACAGGGGUUAAAACUCCUGGCUCUGCACUCAGGAAUAACUCCUGGCGGGUGCUCGGGGGACCAUGUGGGAUGCUGGGAAUUGAACCCGGGUUGGCUGCGUGCAAGGCAAAUGCCCUACCUGCUGUACUGUCCCUCCAGCCCCCAGGUAGGGCGUUUGCCUUGCACACGUCUGCCUUGCAUGCGGAUGCUGGGUUCGAUCCCCGGCAUCCCUUAUGGUCCCCCAAGCACCGCCAGGAAUAAGUCCUGAGCACAGAGCCUGGAGUAAGCCCCUCCUUUGGGGGGUGGCCCAAAAUCCUAAAGGCCAAAAAAAGUUGUGACUGGAAUUGUGAGGGGCUCCAAGUUUCUGGCUCCCAGGGACUUUCCCACCCACCAAGGCAAAAAAAAAAAGAAAAGAAAUUUUGCUUUCCUCCGUCCUUUGCUCUAUUUCAAAUAGCAGAUUGAUGGGAAGGAGGCAGGGCCCAUGAACAGGAAGUGGCUCCAGAAAUUCCCCAGGACCAGAGGGCCUGCACGGAGGGUCAGGGCGGAGUGUGGGACAGGGGAAAGGUAAGGGUCCCCCCCCCAGAGCCCCAGAAAGUCAGUUCCUGACCAGCCAAACCGCAGCUAGUGGACCAGGACCCACCAAGUUCCCCCUGCAACUCUGCUAGGUGAGUGAGGCCCUCUGCAGGUUUCCCUCAGGAGACGGGGAGGAAAGGAGAACCCAGGUGUUCUUGGGGGGCUGGUGUGGGUAGAAGACGGGGGUGGGCAGAACCUCCCCGGGUUUAGAUCAUUACAAGGGCGAGGCACCUCUGGCUCUCCGUCCUCUCUCGCCAGCAAUGGGGUGGCAAGGUGGUUCUGACCUCCCUCCUGGGGAGCAGGGGAACCGUGAGGAUUAGCAUCUCACCCAUAACAAGGUGUUUUAUGGCUGUAAGGACCACAGGUGCUGACCGGGGGCUCGGCAGGCCAUGCCCAGCCCGUGCCAAGGCCCUGGGGCUUUAUCCCUGCGUGGCCGUGGGAAUGCCCCCCAGUGAAUCCAAGAAAGAACACCAGGAGUAGACAGCGAACUUGACUCUGGCAGAUAAGCUUCGGGAGAGCCAGGCACUCGGUCACCAGGAAGAGGCAUCCUGAAGUGACGGAGGGACUUAGCAAAGGCCGAGGGCCGCUGAGUAGCAGCUGGGGGGGAGGGCAGAGUGCUGAGUUCUUUGCUGCAUUAUUAGGGUUUUUUUUUUUUUUGAAGGGGGACUUAUGGGGACUCGGGACCCAGACCCAGCAGUGCUCAGGGGCUGUUUCUGGCUCUGGGCUCAGAGAUCAUGCCGGGUGGGGCUCAGGGACCCUGUGCAGUGCUAGGGAUUGAACCCGGGUUGACCAUGUGCCAGGCGAGUGCUCUGCCCCCUGGCGCUGUCUCUCCAGCUUCCUGACCGGGGGUCCUCGGGAGGACUGUCAGGCCGAAUGAGUCAGCCUCCUCUUGGGGGGGGGUCCUCACUCGCCCUCUCUCCACCCACAGGGCACCCCCACCAUAGCGACCACUGGGACGCCCACCGAACCGCUCAUCAGGGUGGGCACUUGGGUGGCCCAAUUCUCCUGGCUGGCUCCCGGGCCAGAGGGCACCCCCAAAAGGAAGGACCGGGGCAAGCUAGGAGGAAGCACAGCCCCUCAGACUGGAGAACCCCCCACUCCCAUCUCCAGUCUGGGGGCUGGCAGUGGGGAGAGGAAUCGAGGGCUUGAGAGUCCCCCUGGGUCGAGGCUUAAAAUCCCGUAGGCACCACUUUUAUCAUGGUUCCAAGAGAAAGUGACUUUGGGGGUUUGUUUUGGUUUGGGGGGCCUGGAGUGAUCCCAGGGGUGAUCCCUGGAGUAACCCUAGGGUUGAUCCCAGGAGUGAUCCCAGAGGUGAUCCCUGGAAUGAUCCCAGGAGUGAUCCCUGGAAUGAUCCCAGGAGUGAUCCCUGGAAUGAUCCCAGGAGUGAUCCAAGGGAUGAUCCCUGGAGUGACCCUAGGGUUGAUCCCAGAGUUGAUCUCCGGGGUGAUCGCUGAGGUGAUCCUAGAGGUGAUCCCUGGAGUGAUCCCAGGGGUGAUUCCUGGAGUGACCCUAGCGUUGAUCCCAGGGUUGAUCUCUGGGGUGAUCGCUGAGGUGAUCCUAGAGGUGAUCACUGGAGUGAUCCCAGGGGUGAUCUUUAGGGUGAUUCCUGGAGUGAUCCCAGUGGUGAUUCCUGGAGUGAUCCCUGGAGUGAUCCCAGGAGUGAUCUCAGGGAUGUCCCUGGAGUGAUCCCUGAGCACAGAGGCCAGGAGUAAGCUCUGAGCACCAUGGGGUAUGGCCCAAACGUCAAAAAAGGGAAACCAGAGUGUUUGCCUAAUGACCUCCCCGGCCACCCCUUUUACCCCCAGGGGUUACCCCUGAAGCAUCCCGGAGAAGCAGCCCUCAGUGCCCUUUCUCGGGCCCUAAAUCCCAGACCCACGCCCCACCCCCUCCGCCCCCAGCCCCCAAAGCUCCAGGCGGUGGGUGAGAAGCUUUCAUCAGGGCAACUCCAGGGAAAUCCCUGGCUUGACAAAUUGGCCUGGCCGGCUGCAUCCCCGCCCUGCCCCCUGGCUGGGCCCCUCCCCAGGCCCCCAGCCCGGCCCAGCCCCCACCCCCCCAUGCACAUAAAAGGGUCGAAUUCUCGUGGCUGCUCCAUAAAUUUUAUUCCGUAAAUAUUAGUUUUCCCUGUGUUUAAUAAAGCCGUGGCCCACCCCUCCCGCCUGCCCGCCCGCUCCCCGGGGCCGGGGCUGGGGCCAGGGCUGGCUGGUGGGAGAAGGGACUCUUUCAAUUGCUUUGGAGUAUUUUUAGAAAAAAAAAUAAUAUAAGGUGGUUUUCCCCGAGCCAGCCAGCAAACCAGGAGCAGGAGCGGGGACCUCGAGGAAGUCCCUGCGCAGCCUGGCUUAAAAAGUAGAGAAACAGCGCCACCUAGGUCGCCGGGCCGGCCCGCCUGCCGCCCGCUCCCCUCCCCUCCCCUCCCCCACGCCCCCGGGGCCAGGCGGCUCUGCCGCUUGCUCGCUCGGGGUGCUGGGCGCUGGGCACUCCCGCUGGGCAGCCCCUCCUCAGGCUGCUCAGGAAGGCAGAGCCCCGCCGGAUCCUGGAAAUUCCCACCAGGAGCCUUCUUUCUAUCGCCUCUGCCCGGGUUCCAGAUCACGGACGGGGAAGCCGAGUGCUGCAUGAGGGAGGAAGGCACUGCCUGAGGCGGCCGUGUUCCCACCACGCCCCAGGGCGCCAGCGCUGGCUUCCUUGGGCAUAGAAGGUGGCCGGGAAGGAUCAGCCCCUGGAGGAAGCUGUCAGACAGAGGAUCUUGCUGGGGGCUGCUGUAGCCCUGGGCCCUGGCUACUCUGGGGGGCUACUCCGGGCGCUUCAGACCCGCCUGUCUUCCUUGUGGGGAGAAAGAGAAGAAGGGGACCCUGAGCAGAGCUCAGGCGGCCAGGGGGUCACCCCCAGGGACACCAGUCAGGCCGGUCAGUGUGGCCUUGUUCAGGGGCGGUGCCUGAGCGGCCCUGUGGCUCCAGGGGUCGGAUUCGGGGCCUUGCCCGCACCAGGCCCUGGGCUCUGUGUCCAGCUCCAGCCCUGUGGCUGCUUUACCCACUCAGGGGGUCCAGGGAGGCGGCCCCUCCUUCUGUUCCUCUUCAUGUCCACCUCCUGGUGCCCAUAGCCCUGCCCUGCCCCCUUCUCCCGGCCCGCCGGGAGGGACACAGGGGCCCAUGUCCAUAGGGCGUCAGGCACAGGGUUCGGGGUUGAGGCCUGGUCUUGACCAAUCACUCAUACUCUUCCUCAGUUUCUCCUGUUUACAGAACUAGGUUUGCUCCUGAGAGCUCAGAGUUGUGGCGGGGGGGGGGGGUUACUGGAAAUCUGAGCGCCGCCCCCCGCCCCCGAAGGCAAUAGGGUCGCUCCUCUCUUCUGCUCCUACCCCCUCCCUCUGUGCAGUGCUCGCUACACAUCUUUUUCUUGUGUUCGGUUACUUCCACCCCCAAAGAACAGGGUGGCGUUGACGCCUGCCUCGGAGAGCGGCCAGGGCAGGCGCGGCCUGCGGCU